UGAAGCCGUGUACCCUAACCCUUGUAGCGGCUGAAGUUACACCCGCCUGCAGGGAAGAGAGCAAGUCAUUUACGCGUCAAAAGCUGACGUGACGAACACCAAUCCGAAUGCCCAGAAUAUUAGAAAACAUCCAUCUUCCUGCCAGACACACUACACAACCUAUUCUCGCCAUUGCAUCGCCGAUUCUGCAGAGCUUCGCAUAGUAAAGCCGUUGAACUUUGCGCAAAUCAUCUCCUUCUACGACACCCUAAAUUGGACUUUUCCGCACUCAGACCACGACACAACCGCUGCCAUGGCAGCCAAGCUCGACUCCCAGACACUGGGACUCGUCUUUCAGAGCCGACCCGACAUUUUGAAGGGCAUCCAAGAAGCUGCUGACUCUCCCGCGCGCAUCGAUCUUUUCAACACCAUCGCAUCUUUUGUGUACGAGAGGAUAGCGAACAGCACAUCCGAAGAGCCAGCGACGAAGAGAAGACGUGUCGAAGCACAAACAACCGGUUCCAAUGGCGCAGCUCACCCGAUUGCGGGCUCACAAGCGGCAGUGCUCGGUGCAGACGCCGCCGCCGCCGAGCCAGUACUCCUAGAGAUCAAGGAUAUCUCCAUUUCCGUGCCCCAGCGCAAGAAGUACGACUUGUGCUUCACCAAGAACUUUCUCUACGCCCGCGCUUCAGGCUCUCCGGUGCCUGUACAAGGCAUCGUGUAUCCCUGGAAAGACAUUGAACACGCCUUCUACCUCCCCGUACCCGACAAGUCCCAAGUCCAACAUAACUACGUCCUCCUACCGCGCAACAGCUACCUACCGACAACCAAGUCCCAACAGCCCGCCGACCAGCAAACCCAACAAGCCACAGCGCCGCUCGAGCCGCUCGUCUUCACCAUCCCCUCUACCGCGCCCAAGCCAGGCACCAUCACGGGCCCCUCGGCCGCCGCCGCCGCCCCCGUAUCCGACAGCUACGCGACGCUCUUCCACUGGGCUUUGACCACAUCGCUGCGCUGCGCCGGCAACCACGCGUGCGAGCUGGUCUCGUCCGACCCCAAGGUGUUCCACUCGGUGGCGCGCCAGGCGUACCGCCCGCAGGAGAAGGCGGUGCACGUCAAGGCGUUCCGCGGCAGCAAGGACGGCUUUCUGUUUUUCUUGCCGACGGGUAUCCUGUGGGGGUUCAAGAAGCCGUUGCUCUUUUUGCCGCUGGACAAGAUUGUGGCGGUUAGUUAUACGAGCGUGUUGCAACGGACUUUCAAUAUUGUGGUGGAGUUGGAAGGGGUGGAGGGGAGUGAAGAGGGAGGGCAGGAGAUCGAGUUCAGCAUGCUGGACCAGGAGGAUUAUGCAGGGAUUGACCAGAGUUAUGUGAGGAGGCAUGGGCUGGCGGAUCGUAGCAUGGCGGAGCAGAGGAAGGCGAAAAAGCAGCUGGCGGAGAAUGCGAAGAAGGCUGCUGCGGGUGGUGGGGAAGAUGGCGAGGGUGGUGGUGCGGAUGGGGAGGCUGAUGAUGGGUUGACGGAGCUGGAGAGGGCGCAGAAGGAAGAGGAGCAGAGGUUACAGGAUGAGGAGGAUGAGGAGGAGGAGGAUUAUGAUCCGGGUAGUGAUGGGGAUAGUGAGGGCUCGGGGUCGAGUUCCGAGGAGGAGGAGGAGGGGGAUGGUGAAGGAGAGGGUGAUGAGGAUGACGAUGAGGAUAUGGGCGAGGGAUUGGAAGGUGAAGAAUAGCCACCUUGGAUUUCAAGCAUUUUAGUCUUUUUCUGGGAGGUGUUAUCAAAAGGAUAAUUCAUUACGAAACCAACAUAAAGAGGUUCUCUUGGUUCGAAUGCCAUCAAAUCGGCCGUUACUUGAAGACUGAUAGAGUCUGGUAUAGCAUACUGUCUGCAGAGUCUUUGAACACAUACAAGAUUUCAACAAGCAUGUGAUUUGCUCAUUGGUCUUUGACAAGU